UCCACCCUGCAGUACAGUAGAGUACAGUGUACACAACCAGCAGCAGUUAAAGAGUUGUUUAGAUGUAUUGACCAGUAUGGGUAGAUGGAAACUGUGGUUUGCUCUGCUUCUGCUGCCGUUCUGUACAGGCAGAAAAGCUGUCCAGGAGCGCCGUGUGAAAACCAUUAGUAAAGAAGCAGAUGUCACUCCACUGUGCACCAAUGAAACAACACAAGUUAUCCUGCUGAUAGUGUGUAAGAUUCAAACAGAGAGGAGCAGAGGAGAAAACUGUAGUCUGAUGUAUCGACAUGGACACGACUUUGAGCAUGAAUGUGACUCCAGGUUCACACUGAUGACAGAAAAUCAGACUGUGUUUCUCCACCUGACACAUUUAACAGCAGAGGACGGCGGGAACUACACCUGUGAGUGUGCACGGACCGGAGGAUCAAAAAAGCUUCAUCUCAGUGUAACUGUGGAAGAGUUUUUAAAUAAUGUAGACGGAGUCAAUGCCACCACAAACAGUUCUGCAGAAGUAACUUUCUUCUAUGCUGCAGCUGGAUCAGCUGUGUUCAUCAUCACAUCUGGAGUUAUUCUUGGACUGGUCUACAGCAAGAAAUACAACAGAAGGCGAGAUGCGCCUAUAACCAUCUUUGAAAACACAGAACUGUACACGGUAAAAUGUUGCACGUUGAACUUUUUCAUAAUGUGCAUUUUACUUUACUUUGGCUUCACUUUGACUUCGUGUUUUCUUUUGCAGCAAGCAGAACAGAUUGAGCCAUACGAAGUCUUCAUGCAAACAGAGAAUUCAAUUUACGAUCUCUAACAUGUUAAAAUUUAACAUGCAUACUAUUUAUUUAAAUGUCUGAAGAGGGGUGAUGCACAUUAAGGAGUAAUGUAUUGUUAUUAAUGUUAUUAUUAUUAUUUCACAAUACAAAUUAAAGCAGAAGCUGCUGUAUACAAAUCAGUGUUGCUUUGCUAUCUGUUUUGUAUGACUACAUGUUAUUUUAAUGUUUUAAAGUUCAUGUUUAAUGUUUCAAACUUUGAAAUUAAAGCUGAAAUGUUUUAAAGCGUACUGUGUUGUAUAACAGAAUUAAACAAUUGGACUUUUGGACUUUUUAAAAAUCACAUAUUCAGUUUGUC